AUGCAGAUACGUCCCCCGCUCUCCCGGUGCGUGCUGAGACCAGGCCGGGCUGCGCUGCAGGCGUGGAGAAGUGGGGCUGCGCUUGCGAGAGGCCCGGAGCCGCGGGGGAGGGCGCGGAGCUACGGCGAGCGCCUGGCUCGGGCCGGGAACGGUUCCGUCACGCCGGGGUCGGGGGCCUAAGCGGGGCCCUUCCAGUCGUUGGCAGCGGAAGAGCGGCGUGUGCGCGGAGGGGAGCGGCUGGCCCGCCCCGCCGCUCUGCUUCUCCAUGCGGGCGGCGGCGGUGAGCGGGGCUGGCGUGCGGGGUGCCGGGGGCAGGGCGCGGGGCAGAAGCCGCGGCCGGGAGAGACGAUGGCCAAAUGGCUGAAUAAAUACUUCAGCCUGGGCAGUAAUAAGACCAAGAGUCCCCCGCAGCCUCCGCGGCCCGACUACCGAGAGAAACGCAACGGUGCCGGCAGCGGGCCCCGCCCCGACGGGCCGCCGCACCUCCACCUUCACCACCACACCUCGCCCGGCUUUCCACACCGCCGCCUGCGCGACGACACCAGUGACCUGCUCCGCGCCUAUCGCGCCCAGAAAGACCGCGACUUCGAGGACCCCUACAGCGGGCCCGGGUCAUCCCUGCGCAAGUUGCGCGCCAUGUGCCGCCCGGACUACUCCGCGCCCGAGGACCUGGUCGAGGCGGCCCCCAAGGCUUUCUCCUCCUCGUCGUGCUGCGCCGCGUCCCCCGUCACCUGCGCAGCCGGCUCCCCGCACCUCUUUCGCAGCCACAGCGAGCGCCGCCCGGCUACGCCGCCCGACGUGAAGUACGUCUCCCCCAAGCACCGGCUUAUCAAGGUCGAGAGCGGCAGUGGCAGCGAUGGCGCAGGCAAGAAGCUCAGCAAGGGCUCCAAGCAGCUGGCGACCUCAGUCCCCUCUGCCGUGAAAGAUAAAGUAUUGAUAGCUGAUGACUACUCAGAUCCAUUUGAUGCCAAAAGUGAGUUGAACAGAAUGGGAAAAGGGGAGAACGCUGGCUAUAUGGAACCAUAUGAAGCCCAGAGAAUAAUGACUGAGUUUCAGAAGCAGGAAGGCAUGAAGCCCCAUCAGAAAAACAUGCAGCUCUAUGACACACCCUAUGAACCAGAAGGCAGUGGUGUGGAAUCCGAUUCUGAAAGUGUGGUGAGUCACCGUUUACAAGAAAGCAAAUUGCCACAGGAUGAUGACAGGCCUGCAGAUGAGUAUGAUCAGCCAUGGGAGUGGAAUAAAGUCACCAUCCCAGCUCUGGCAGCCCAAUUUAAUGGAAGUGAGAAACGGCAAGCAUCUCCUCCCUCAAAUGACCAGCGCAGGCAGUUAAGAGCACCUGGAGGAGGCUUUAAACCCAUCAAACAUGGCAGUCCAGAAUUUUGUGGGAUCGUGGGAGAGAGAAUAGAUCCAACUAUUCAACUGGAAAAGCAGAUAUGGUAUCAUGGAGCAAUCAGUCGGGCAGAUGCAGAAAACCUGUUACGUUUAUGUAAAGAGUGUAGCUACCUUGUAAGAAACAGUCAAACAAGCAAGCAUGACUAUUCUCUUUCACUGAAGAGCAGUCAAGGUUUUAUGCACAUGAAACUCAUGAAAACCGAAGAGAAAUACAUCCUGGGACAGAAUAGCCCUCCCUUCAACAGCGUUCCUGAAGUCAUCCACUACUACACCACAAAAAAGCUGCCUAUCAAAGGAGCAGAACACUUGUCACUGCUCUACCCUGUGGCUGUGAGGACCCUCUAA